AUCCGAGGCUCGCCUUGCAAUACCCCGAGAUAUCUUCACCCUCUCACUCACAGCCGGAAAAGACCAGGCAAACCAGUUUCAUCGACUCCUCCGCAGACGAUCAUCACUUCAACCAGGCAGGCCACCGUGCGGGACCUAUCCACACGUGGUGGAGAAGAUGUUGCGACGUCCAAACACCAUCCUGUCCCAAUGUCACCAGGCCAAGGGGCAUCCGGAAGUGUGGGGUGUUUUUGAUGCUGUUCGGUUCCUCCCGAUGUGAAGAUGGACUGAAUCGCUCUUAAAUGCUGCUAAUCCCCACUCUCACUCAUCAGUUUCCUCUGACCGACUGGAUUGACUUGCAGGAGUCAGGAUGCGAUCUUUGUGGAAUCACUCGGCGUGGCUGUGGGGGAUUUGGGUGGCAUCGACCAUCACGACGGCACAACGGGAGACCAUCGUGUAUCCCCAACGCUACCAAACAGCGUCUAGCUUAAAGGACUACGCUGCCAAUGCGUCGAGCUCCUCCUGCAUCACUCUCUCCUCCUCCAAUGCAGUCGUGACCUUCGAUUAUGGCACCGAAGUGGGCGGGUUCCCCAUCUUCAAUGUCCAGUCAAUUGCAGACCCUGUCCAGAUCGAGGCCAAAUAUUCAGAGACUAAGAAUGCUUUAGAACUGCCCUUUGCGGACGGCCCCUGGACCUUCUCCAACGCGCUGGCCAACACUUUCCGCGUCGAAACCUUCAAUGUCACCGAACCGGGUCGUGUGCAAUCCUUCUUUAUCCAAGGUGGACUUCGUUGGCAGAGAUUGCGGUUGCUCGGCCAAGGAAACGUCAAGAUUUGCCGUACUGGCAUUCGAUCCGGUAAUGAUCGAACUGAUGUAGACGCUCUGCCCGGAUAUUUCGAAUCCUCCAACUCUCACUAUAACGAACUCUGGGCCUUGGGUCCCCGUACGGUGCAGCAAGCCUGCAUUGCUAGCGGGGCAGCGCCUUCGACCUGGGAAGUCACCAAAGAUGGUGUUUUUCUUCGUGGCCAACAGCCGGCCCCGUCGGUUGCGGGUGCAUCGUAUUCCAAUUAUACCAUGGUCUUCCACUCCAAGAUUGUUCGAGGAGGAACUGGCUGGAAGGUUGCUUCCGGAGUCAGUGGAUAUGGUCCCUAUUUUGUCCUCACAAGCGAGUAUCUACCAGGCUCGACUUUUCUUAACACCAAUCGCACUCUGGUACCUCCAAACACGCUCGUGGUGGGAUACGGAUACAACUUGGUCAAUCAGACAACGCUGCCAACAGGCGCUUCCGUGUAUUUCCCUCUCUCAUUCAACAUCACAGAAGGGGACUGGUAUCAGAUCACAACUACCAUCAACCAGACCGGUUACUCUGUUUCAAUAAAUGAUCACCCAGCAGUCUUCGUGUCGCUGGCCGGUUUGCAAACACGCACUGCUUCUAUCGGAGGUCCUCCCAGCCUUACAGGCGGCACCUGGGCCUUUGGACCAUACCAGGAUCAGGAGGCGUUUGUCAGAAACGUCACGGUAUAUGCGCAGAAUGGAACCCAGUUGUAUCAGAACCCCAUGACUUCUAACUCGGUGCUGGAAGAAUUCGGCGCCAUGCCCAACACUCAUCCUGUUUGUUUAGAUGGAGCCAAACGGGAUCGAUUAGUAUGGUCUGGCGACUUUACGCACACAUAUCGUGUCAUUUCUGCGAGUACAUAUCGCCAGGACUUCAUCAACGGAACUCUGGCCUUUAACCUGGCACGACAGGCUUCAUCUGGUCCAUAUGAGGGAUUCUUCUCCAUGUCGCCAGAGAUGGGCCAGGCGGCGAAAUACACAAUGGAGUACGAAUCCUUCGGUAUCCUCGAUUACCAGAUGCUGUUCCUCAACGCCUUUGCUGGUUACUAUAUUGACUUUGCCGAUGAUGCAUUUCUGCACCAGCACUGGUCACAGGCAAAGAAGGGAGUCGAGGCACUUCUCCCACUGAUUGAUGAUGCUUCUGGUCUUGCUUCUCUCUCCCUUCCCGGUACUUUCUUUGUCGGUUCAGGCAAUGGCACUGCUCCCUCGGCUUUGUUCGUCUACACUCUCCAAAACAUGGCGGAACUCGCCAAAGCUGUAGGAGAUUCUCAAACAGCCUCAAACUGGACUACCACUGCAAAUAAUAUGUCCGACGCAAUCAACCGCCAGCUAUGGAGCACUCAUCUAGGCACCUACGGUGAAAGCCUGCCCUCUAUGAACGGAUCCUCUUUGACCGGAACCGCCUUUGCCAUUCUCGCCGGGGUAGCCAACCACACCCAGGCCCAACAAUCCAUCGCUGCCCUUUCCUCUCUACGACUAGGAAUCGGAUACAAGACUUCAACCUCCACCUCCAGCGGCCCAGAAACCCAACUAUCUCCCAACCUCUCCGGGUUUCUCCUCGAGGCACUCUUACAACACAGCCGCUCUAGCUCCACCCCCAACAACGCCACCGCAGAAGCAAUCGACGUCCUUCUAAAUCACCUUUGGGCUGCAAUGAUAAACCAGGAUGAAUACUACACUGGGGCAGCAUGGGAGUAUCUUUACCCAGAUGGUCGACCGGGUCUGGAUCUUUACACGUCUCACGCGCACCCCUGGGGCGCGGCCCCUACAUAUGUAUUCACUGAGUACGUACUCGGUAUCCAGCCCACAACACCCGGGUUUGAACAAUGGGCGUUCCGACCCUCUGUGCUUAAUCUCGGAUUAUCAUGGGCUAAAGGCCGGGUGCCGACUCCCCAAGGUGUAAUCCGUGGUAGUUGGAAGUUUGCUUCUAAGAAGAAUAUCGCGAUUGAUAUCUGUGCACCGGAGGGUACUCGAGGUGUUGUUGCUUUGCCUUUGGCCGUCGAGUCAUACACGUUGAAUGACAAGCAAGGAAAUGUUACUUCAGAUGGACUAAAGGUGAAUGUCGAUGGAGGGGAUUGCUCGAAGAUUUCCGUAAUGCUGCGUUGAAUUGCUUCUCAUGAUCGAUUGGCAUUGUAUAUAGAUAUAGCCAUGAUCUAUUGUUUGGUUCCAGCAAGCAUUUAAUUUUGACAUCAUGC